AUGUCCUUCGGGAGAGAUAUGGAGCUUGAACAUUUUGAUGAGCGUGAUAAAACUCAAAGGUACAGCAGAGGAUCUCGGGCAAAUGGUCUGCCAAGUCCUACACAUAGUGCCCACUGUAGUUUUUACAGAACCCGUACUCUGCAAGCCCUGAGUUCGGAGAAGAAAGCCAAGAAAGUGCGCUUUUAUCGCAAUGGAGACCGUUACUUUAAAGGAAUUGUGUAUGCGGUUUCCCCUGAUCGGUUUAGAUCUUUCGAGGCUCUUCUGGCUGAUCUCACAAGGGCUCUAUCUGAUAAUGUCAAUCUACCCCAGGGAGUGAGAACUAUCUACACAGUGGAUGGAAACAAGAAGAUAAUAACAAUGGAUCAAUUAGUUGAAGGUGAAAGCUAUGUAUGUGGAUCAAUUGAACCAUUCAAAAAACUUGAAUAUACUAAGAAUGUAAAUCCCAACUGGUCAGUGAAUGUGAAGACAUCAGCCGUUCAACGUCAAGUGCAACCACUUGCUACUCCCAAGCCAGGCAGCUCUGAUACAAGAGAUAAAGAUUUCAUUCGGCCAAAACUCGUCACCAUCAUCAGGAGUGGUGUGAAACCACGCAAAGCCGUCCGGAUUCUCCUGAAUAAGAAGACAGCUCAUUCCUUCGAGCAAGUUCUCACUGAUAUAACUGAUGCCAUAAAGCUGGAUUCUGGAGUGGUUAAGCGCCUGUACACACUUGAUGGAAAGCAGGUGAUGUGCCUUCAAGAUUUCUUUGCUGAUGAUGACAUUUUUAUUGCUUGUGGACCUGAAAAGUUCCGUUACCAAGAUGAUUUCUUGCUGGAUGAAAGUGAAUGUCGUGUUAUGAAGUCUACUUCCUAUACUAAACUUCCUACUGUGCCACGUCGGAGUACGACUAAGAGUCCAGGACCAUCUAGACGCAGCAAAUCUCCUGCAUCAACCAGCUCAGUAAAUGGAACCCCAGGGAGUCAGCUGUCAACCCCUCGCUCUGGAAAAUCACCAAGUCCCUCACCCACCAGCCCGGGGAGCCUGCGGAGACAAAGGGGCUCUCAGCACAGCGGCUCUUCUACCUCUUUAGCAUCCACCAAAGUGUGCAGUUCCAUGGAUGAAAAUGAUGGUUUAGUAGAAGAUAUUAUGGAUGAAGGGUUCCAGGUUCCUGUUUCCAUAGCUGAAAGGUAUAAAGUUGGAAGGACCAUAGGUGAUGGGAACUUUGCCAUUGUAAAAGAGUGUAUAGAAAGGUCAACUGGCAGAGAAUACGCACUGAAAAUAAUUAACAAGAGCAAAUGCAGAGGCAAAGAACACAUGAUUCAGAAUGAGGUUUCUAUACUGAGGAGGGUGAAACAUCCGAAUAUUGUUCUAUUGAUUGAAGAGAUGGACACACCAAGUGAACUGUACCUUGUGAUGGAGCUUGUUAAGGGAGGAGAUCUCUUUGAUGCAAUUACCUCGACUAACAAAUACACGGAGAGAGAUGCUAAUGGAAUGCUUUAUAAUCUAAUGAGUGCUAUCAAAUAUCUGCACAGUUUAAACAUUGUACACAGGGACAUCAAGCCUGAAAACUUACUGGUUUAUGAACACCAGGAUGGCAGUAAAUCUCUAAAGCUUGGAGAUUUUGGCCUUGCAACUGUAGUGGAUGGACCUCUUUAUACUGUGUGUGGAACCCCAACAUAUGUAGCUCCCGAAAUUAUUGCAGAAACUGGGUAUGGCUUGAAGGUUGAUAUCUGGGCGGCCGGUGUGAUCACUUAUAUCCUGUUGUGCGGAUUCCCCCCUUUCCGUGGAAGCGGAGAUGAUCAGGAAGUACUUUUUGAUCAAAUUUUAAUGGGCCAGGUGGAUUUUCCUUCUCCUUAUUGGGACAAUGUAUCUGACUCUGCCAAGGAACUAAUCACCAUGAUGCUACAGGUAGACGUGGAUCAGAGGUUUUCUGCUCUGCAAGUUCUUGAACAUCCAUGGGUUAAUGAUGAUGGUCUGCCAGAAAAUGAGUAUCCCCUCUCAGUGGCUGGAAAAAUAAAGAAACACUUCAACACGGGCCCCAAGCCCAACAGUACCUCAGCUGGAGUUUCCGUUAUAGCACUGGACCACGGGUUUACCAUCAAGAGAUCAGGGUCUUUGGACUACUACCAACAACCAGGAAUGUAUUGGAUAAGACCACCGCUCUUGAUAAGGAGAGGCAGAUUUUCAGACGAAGACGCCACCAGGAUGUGAACAGUCGGUAUUCGGCACAACAAGCUGCAUCUGAACUGAACUCAGAGUCAGAGGACUAUUCACCAAGCUCAUCUGAGACUGUUCGCUCACCUAACUCACCCUUUUAAGGACACUCUUAAAGUAUAAGUCUUGGCUUAACCCUUCGAGAAUGGUUGAACGGAGCUUCUAAAAAAUCUUGUGUGGACUUUCUAAUAAAAUUUCUAGGUGUGAAUGGGAGAACAAACCAUAGUGAUUGACGCAAUGCAUUUUGGACAUCUUUACUACAAAUGGGAUUAUGUGUGUCAAAUAUUUAUUUGCAAAAUAAGGAACUGGAAAUAUAUCUUGAUAUUGAGCUGUUUGCAUUCAUUUAGAAACAAUGGUUUCAUUUUUUUAACCUCUUAGAGUGGGGUUUUCAGUGCAAAGUGUAGCAGUAAGUAAGUCUCUUAGGCAGCCGAAGUGUUAAAGGAGAGUAAAGCAUUUCUUUUAAAGGUAUACACAGAAAAGAAUGUUAAAGAAAUAUAUUGGUAUAUGUACAGAAAUUCUCAUUCUCUACUUCAUUGCAGAAAUAUUUAAGGAAAUAAAGUCCUGAGAUUGUUAAGGGUCCAGAACAUACUUGCCUGACUUUUUUAUGGUUAAUACCAUAAUACAUUUUAUAUAUCUUAGAAAGUGGCUAUAAAAUACGACUAAAAUAUCUAGGUAUCUCAAAAAAAAGAAAACAUUUGCACACAAAAAAUGACCCAAGAUUACAAGGAUUUCUCCAAUGCAAGCAAUGCAUAUACAAACUGUUUCUGUCUAUUCUAAACAUUUAAAUAUCAAAUGUAUAAUUA